AGCGUAAUUGCACUUUGGCUCUGACGAUUGAUAUACGAAGUGCCAGGCGAGAUGGCAAGCUAAUGGGGGUCCGAAUCUCUUAUAGUUCUUAUUCCACCAGCGAAAUGUCCUUUCGCUCGAGAUCACGAGCCCAGGCGCCGCUGUCCAGCCGCCGGCGAUCGCUGUCGUCCAGUUCGCGAAUGACUCCCUCGACUGGGGGAUCCGGGGUGUAUAACUACAAUGGGAGUAGCUACAACAGUUCCGGCAGCACGGGACGACCCCUGAGCACGGGUUACUUUCCGAGCAGCAGUGGGACCUCCAGCUAUCAGAGUCCCUAUGCCAGUGUCUACAGCUCCAGGGAGAGUUUGUAUGGCGGUGGAGGAGCCUCCGGCGGUGGCCGAACUUCCUAUGGUAAUGCCAGCAGUCGCUACGAUUACGGGGCCUCCAAGUAUCAUCAUCAUCAUCAGCAGUUCACCAGCUCCAACCACUAUUCGAAUCAGCAUUCCCAUCAGCCAACCGCAAGCAGUGGGUCAUCGACGAAUGUAACCUCAUCCGCCUCCACAUGCCAUGCCCCAUCCAUAGCUUCUGCGUCCAAUGCCACGCCAGCAACUAAAACGCAGCAAACGCACCAUGGCAAUCGCUACUAUCUGCAGCUGCAGCCCACCACCGCUUCAUCCGCUUCUUCGGGAGGAGGCCACCACUAUAGCCACCUGGUGGUGGGCAAGCAUUUAAGCCAAAGCCACUCAUAUGGUCAGUCUAAAGCCUCUGCUCUCUCCUCCUCUCUGUCCACCGUCUCCUCGUCGUCGUCGUCCUCCGCCUCCGCCAACGGAACAGGUGGUUACGACAGUUCCCGGUACAAUCCCAGCUCCUAUUCCUCGGCGGGAUCUUCGUACUCAGCCAGCGAUCGUUAUGUCAGUCCCUAUUCGAGCAGCUACGACAAGGGGGUGACCACCGCCUCGCUGAGCUUCAAGUCACCGGGCCUCAGUUCGUCGAACUCCUUUAAGAAUUCUCGUCUGCUGAAGACCAAAUCCCUGUCAGCAUCGAAUAGUAGCCUGAAUGCAGCCUAUGGUGGUCCAUCGUCGGCCACAAAUGGAGUGACCAGUGCCGGAGCCACAGUGGCUGCCAUUGCGGCCACCAGGAGUAACUCUCUGCGGGAACAGGAGCGCAAGUCUCGAAAUCGAACGCGGUCAAAGAGCGCGGCUCAGCGAUCCAUUAGUGCCUCCUCGGAAAAGAGUGAGGGAUAUGAAAGUGGCAGUGAGCGGACCUCUCGCUCCCGACUGGGCAGCACCGCCAGUACGGCCACCACCAGCGAGUCGAAGAGUAACGAUAAGUCGGAGAAUGGUGAUGGCAUUGACUACAAGGCGCUCUGGGAAGCUGCCAAAUUGGAGAACGAUAAGUUGAAGCAGAUGCUCAAGCAGAAGGACGACGAAGCCGUGCAGACACGUGCAACGCUGGAGAGAUUCGCCAAUGCCACAACGAAAAAUUCACUAUCUGAACUCGAGAAACGCGAAAGAAGAGCUAUGGAACGCAAGCUUUCCGAGUUGGAAGAAGAGCUCAAGCAACUCGAUGCCUACAAGUCGGAUAAUCAUCGCCUGAAGGAGGAGAACGCCGCGUUGAUUAGAGUAAUUAGCAAAUUAAGUAAAUGAAAUUAUGUUUUACUUUCAGUGUAUGUAUGUCUGAGAACCUAUAUCAUCGAGAAGCAACAAUUUUACUUUAUUUACCAGCUGAAGAAAGGCUGAAAAAAUGAGAGAAUGUUAAAGCGAAAUGCGAUGUAAGCGAAAGCGGGAUAUUCGCGUGAAAAUUUCAAAAUUUGUUUAUUAUUUGUGUUAGGCCCCUAAGAAUUAGGUGAAACCAUGUUUCAAAUAUCGUUGAGAAUUGUUUCGUUCGUUUUUAUAUAAAAAAAUAAUAAAAUCUUAUGUAUUUGGUCAAAUUUUAUAUAUGAAAUAGAGCAAAUUAUAAAUAAACUUACACAAAUCAAGCUUAACUAUAUUUACAUAAACAUACGCAAAGUGUAUAACGAUCAGAAGAUCGCAAGAAAUGAAAUGAAAAACAAAAACAAGAACCUUUACAUACAAACUGAGAACAUAUUCAUCAAAUGAGCCCUAGUUACAUUACAGAUUAGUUUAACUACAUGAUACAUAUACGUAUAUAAAUAUAUAUAUAUUUUUUCAUAUAUAAAUUAUAUAUACACAUUACAUAAUAUAUAUUUAAAGCAACAGAAUCAUAAGUUCAACAUUUCAAUGUGUAAUAUCAUCGAGGAUCCAGGCCGCCAGUUGGGAGAGUCCGGAGAUGUGUCGAAACCAGCCCACGCGUCAACUUACUAAGUGUAAUCGUUAUCAUCCAAUUGUAAUUGUGUUUAGUGCUUCAGAUAUAUAGGCAUCGGUGAAGCCAUCGAAAACUGUAGUAUGUGUACCCAUAAACUGAGGAGACUUUGUUGCUGAAGCUCCAUGGCGCUAUCCUAUAGAUCAGGAUGGGUUUCACUGCAGAUGCACUAUUAUUUCUAUUAUUUGAGUACCUUAGUUUAAGCAGGCACUUUUAGUUUUCUCCUUCACUUCGAAACGUAUUAUAUACAUUUACAUCGUACUAUAUUUUACUUUCGCUUAUAACGAAACAAAUGAUCAUACGCAUAUUUCUGUUAUUUAUUAAAUUCGCUUAAGAGAUUUUGUGUUACUCUACUCGUAAAUGGAAACGAUAAUCAAGCAUAAACAAACAUUAAAACGAGAAUUGUGUAAUAUGUAAAAUUGUGUGAGAAAAUAUUUAAGAAAAUUUGAUUCAAAUACGAAACUUAAUAAAUGUGAUCGCAAGCAAA